AUGUACUUUCCUACCUUUCAACUGCUGGGUCUCAUGGGUGUCCAGGCUGUACUUGGCCACCCCGUAUCUGCAUCUGAGAAACGGAAGCCUGAUGGUUUCUGGCGAGAAGGUGGCGCCGACCUUUUCGGGGAGCUGAAUUUAAAUGAACUGACAAUUGGUGAAAACGUGGGGGGUGGCAAAGACGGAAACGCAUUCAAGGCGACCGUGAUCGCCCCCGGAUGGGAUCAGAGCGUCACGUGGAUAUUGAAGAAGGAUUAUUCCAACAAGCAGCACAUCUUGAAAGAGAAGGAAGCCUAUGAAGCUAUCGACGGCAAGGAUGUAGGACCAAAGUUUGGAGCGCUUGUCUAUGAUGAUUGCGGUGUUGAUGAAGAAGGCAUUCUGAUCGAGUUCAUCGAGUCGCGCUUCGCAGACCCCAACAACAAGGACGAUGCGAAGAAGGCAUUGGAGUCUGUCAAGAGGAUGCAUGAUGCCGGCUGGAUCCACGGUGAUCUGACCUCUGUCCGCAACAUUGUGAUCAGGACAUCGGACAACAAAGCCGUUCUUCUCGAUUUCGCUCUGGCGAGGAAGAUCAAGAGCGCCCAAGACAGCCGAGAGGACUUUCAAGACCUCGCAUUGGCUUUUGCGGGAGUGAGAUUUGAUGAUGACGGGACGACAUGGAAAGUUAGAGAGUAG